AUGUCCGCACUCCAACAGGUCAUCCUGCACCCUUACCUCUCGCAGCUCUUGCGAUUCUGGUCCACCACCGUUGGUAGGGACAAGACCUACCGUACCAUCCAGUAUGCCGCCCGUUUCCUCGCCUGGUAUGAAUACCGCAAGGGCGCUACCAAGGAGACCGUCGCCCGCUUGACUGCGCUCAAGUCGCAGCUCGGUCUCAGCCGUAAGCUCAUGCGUGUCGGCAAGUUCCUCGAGCACUUCCAGGCCGCUCUCAAGGCUACCACCAUCCAGGACCCUGUCGUCUCAUACGCUGCCAUCGGCCGACAGCUCGGCUACGGCUUCUACCUCAUCCUCGACACUCUCCAGUGGAUCCACGGCGCCAAGGUCUACACUUUCGAAAAGGCGACGGCAGACAAGAUUUCGAAGAACGCUGCUCGUUUCUGGCUCCUCGGCCUCACUUUCUCGCUGGCUUCCGGCAGUUACAAGACCUACGUCCUCAAACAGCGUGUCGCCAGUGCCAAGCGCCCUCGUGCCACGGCCGAGAAAGAGGCAGAGCGCAAGAUCGAGUUGGCGCAGAUCUCGACCGAACAGGCCGCUGUCCGCUACCAGAUGACCCAGGACGCUCUCGACUGGCUCAUCCCCGCCACGGGUGCCGACAUCCUCGGCCUCGACGAAGGCAUUCUUGGUCUCGCCGGUUGCGCUUCCUCCAUCAUGGGCGCACGCACUCAGUGGAGAGCAGUCAACGGCUCGGCCGCCAAGUCCAAGUGA